CGCCCGGACAUAAACGCUUCCGUGCGUCCAAUUAAUAGCUUCAAUUCAUUGUGACUUGAUUGAACACCCACCAGACAUGAAUAAUCACAACGCAUCAAGCGUGGCUAAAGACACCCAGUGGCGUCACGAGCUCAUGAUGAAAACCAUUGAGCAGAUAACCCACCCUGACUUCAUUCGCGAGAAUCAACCGAAGUACCAGAACCAGGUGCUCGCCAGCGCCGCGGUGUGCUGCGACAAGGCCAACUGCGACCGGGAGAAGAUAGAAUCCAUGCCCGAGCACUACUUCCGUGACCCUGACAUCAUAUUUGUUGCAGCUCAACCAUUCGGCGUGACUGCUGCCUUCCCGCCCCCGGGACAUGGCCCCGCGCCCGAGCGCGCCCCGGCUCCCGCUCCAGCGCCUGAGGUCCCGCCGCCUCCCAAGAAAGAAUCGCAGUGCAUGGCCCUGGAGCCCUACGUUCCUCCGCCACCAUUUUGCCCCUGCGUGGUGAAUAGGGGCCACUUGGUUACUAUUUGCUGCCACCGCCGCGACUGCGAGGACUCUUCAAAGGUUCAGGGGCGCGAACGCAACAACAAGAACUUCAGCCACUUCAAAUAUUAAAUUUCUCUCUAUCGGUGUUGUGAUGUGAAAACCCCAUCCCUUUACCUUAAAAUCACGCGCUGUUUAUACAAAAUUACAAGUUUCGGUAGGAAGGCAACUAACUGUGCACACGUUUUCGCACACGUACUUGUUAAUAUUUAGGCAAAGGUUGGAACCAAAAUUCAAGGUCGUAUUGAAUUUAGAUGAAUCCUUCUAUUGGGGAUUGUCACACUCUUUACAAGUCAGGGGCAUAAAGUUUACUAUUAAAUUCUAGGUAGGUAACUAUAAUUCAGGGUUCACUUGUUAGACACAAUUGAAAAAGCUUCCAAGCCGGUUUACGUUUCUUUUGUUCCUACAGAUGAUGCGGUAUGAGUCUCGGCAUUCUAUCCUUUGAUGUUACUGGGUGUUGUUGUGUCGUAUCGAUGUUUUCUGACCGUAUAUUGAGAGUCAGGUUAGGAUAAGGUGACUACAUUAUUAAUUUGGGUUGAAGUUUGAUGAGUAGGGUGAACUGCAACUUGAGAAGCCCGUAGUAACAGAACCGUGGUGUAAAUCGGCCUACUCGGCAAUGGAGGCAAAGGCUUUACCUAUUUAAACUUUUUCGACCACUUUACAUUGAACCUAAGAAUCUCUUGUAAGCUAUUUUUAAUUGUAUUUUCAAGUGUUAAAUUUAAGUUUGAUUUAAUUUAUCAUAUCAUUGUUAUUUAUAUUUAAAAAAGAACAAGUUUAUUUUUACUCUUCUAUAAAGGUAUUUUUCUUAGAAAUUUUACUGAAUGUUGGUAUUAUUAGUAUAAUCCACAAUGUCUACACGUAUAUACCAAUUGUAGUUGUGGUAAUAAAAAUAAAAAAAAAA